AUUUUGCAAGCUCUUUCACAUCCGGUACGACGUCGGCGCUCGUCGCAGAGUGCGAGGAAAGGCAGAAGAUUUUUUCCGCUUACCCCGUGAAGAAGUUCCAGCCACUCGAGCGAGCCGCUUUUCUUUCCCGUGCGAAGCAGCCGCGUGAAAAGCAUCCCCGCGCGUGACGGCCCUGCCGGGGUUUUUUCCGACGCGUUGUUUCGAGCACCACACAGCGCGCGCCCCCCGUGAAAAGAGAAGAGAAGGAGGGUGCCCCCCGCCCCAAAACCGGUGUGUGUGUCGUCUCCGCCCCGUGUCGUACGGUACGGUCCGGUGUGUCCCCCGCCCGUCGGGUUCGCGCUAGAGGCGUAGUGUGCGUAGUUUCAUUUCGGGUGCCCUCUGCGCGUGUGUGUGUGUGUGUGUGUCAGUGGUGUAGAGGGGCGCAUGUAGGAAGAAAAAAAACGGAAAAAAGGGAAGCCGACUUCAACAUUUUUCCUGCAAACGGAGCAGCAGCCGGGGAACGACACCGAGUGUUUAUCGUGUGUCAAAUCCCCUUCUAGGGUGUGAUAUUUCCCAACCGCAGUAAAUCCGUGUGCAGUCGAAAAAAAAAACGCCCCAUUGUGGUGAGCAGAUCAAUCUCCCCCCUCGUUUCUCGUACAUAUGGUUGAGAUUUUUCCAAAGCCCAGCCCGAAACCAAAAUCGUAGCAGGCGUAGCAGCAGCAUCUCUCUCGCCCUGUGCAGCCAGACACACGAGGUAUGCGGUGCUAAUUUAUCCACCCCACCACACCAAAACACCCUUAGAAGCUCGACAAAAGGGCCCCAAUCCGAGAGAGGUCCGGGACGGAACAGUUUAGCCUUACAUCGUUACACAUUUCUGUUACUGCAUAUUGUUUGUUGUGUUGUUUUUGUUUUUUCGGGUAAAAUCGCUACAAGAAAAAAGGGAAAACAGUGGUGGUGUGUCGUGAGUUGGUGAAGGGGUGUGUGUGUGUGUGAAAUAGUGUGUGUAUGCGUGCGUGUGUUUGCACGUCCCAAUAAUUCUUCACCGCCGCCGCCGCAACAGGGCAUUCAGGAGCAGCCCAAUGUGAUUGGUGUGUACGUGUGCCGUCUGAGAGAGUGUGUGUGUAUUUGCGUGCGUGUGUUACAAGGAAGUGGAAACGUCCAGGAAAAGCUCCAAUUUCGAAACAAUCGCGGAAUCAUCGUCCGAGUCGAACGGCGGGACGAAUCACCGUCUAGAUACAGUUCCCACCCCGUCACUAUCACAUCCGCGGGGCUGGUGUCGAGAAGGGCCGCCGUGGUGAUAGAGUGUGCUAGACAGCGACGACGUCAAUAGCGAAAACAAAGUAAUCAGAAGCCUCGAACGAUCCGUGCAAGAAAACACGGCGGAGUCUGUGCGUGUUACUGCUGUGUACUGUGCCUGUGUGUGUGUGUACGCACAUUUUGUUUUAUCGCUUCCGUAGUUGUUGGCAGGACACACGGACCCUUGCCGUCGAAACGUCAAAAGACGUCAACGUCGCGGAGUGACAGCCCGCGCGCGCGCUCCAAUAAGGCAGGAAGAAAAAAAGAAACGCACGCAUACCCUCUUGGCGAGCCGUUGCUGUGUUGGUGGAUGCUUCGUCCGGUGACGAAUGUCUUCGUCAUCGUUUCCAGCCACUACGUACAGCAGCAGUCGUCAGUAGUAUCCCGGAACACCGUCAGCAACAUCAGCAGACAAUCCGCCACGAACGUCGUGCGGACGGCGGAUGUACUGUUUCCUUCGUCUCCAUGCGAUGGAGCAGCAGCAGCAGCAGUUGCUUAAAACGUGAACGAAGGCAACAGUAGCGCGGUCGUCGUCGACACGGAGCAGGUGCUCGCCAGUGGAGAACAGUGGAUCGGUUUUGCGAUCCAGCCGACGGCCACGAGCGUCGCCGCAGCCGGUGGUGCCGGAGGAGAAGUUGGUGGUGGAGAAGUCAUCGCACGGACUGCCGUAGCAACUGCAGUGACUAUGCCUCCGCACACCAACAACCCGCAUCACCUUCAGCAGCAGCAGCAGCAACAACAGCAGCAGCAGCAGCAGCUAGGUUCGGCAGCUAACAACAAUCAACAGCAGCAGCAGACAGGAGGGCAGCAGCACCAGCAGCCCGGCCCGCCCCAGUCCCAGCCACACAAUGUUGGUGGCAGAGGCGGCGGAGGCGGAGCAGGAGGUGGCGGCAGUGCGGGCAGUGUCACUGCCGGCGCGGACGGCGUGGGGCGCAACGCCGACCGGGACAACGGCAAUCAGCAGAUGCAGCAGCAGGCCGUGUCCGUGGCGAACCAGCACCAGCAGCAGAUGAUGCAGCAGGUCUACGCACAAAUUCCGGCCUCGGCCUACAUGCAGCCGACCCCGCACGGCAUGUACCCGGUGCAGGUGCUGCCACCGACGGCCGGACCCGUCCCGAACAACGUGUUCGUCAGCAACCUGACCGCGAACGUGAGCGUGCACGGGUACCCGGCGAUCUCGCCGUACCUCGCGACGGCCACGCCGCCCGGUGCGUACAUGCCGGCGGACGUGGGGGCCGGGCCCGAGAUGCAGCUGAUGCCGCCGGCACCGGUAACGAUGUCGGGGCGCGGUACGAUGCGCCGGGGCGGACGGAACAAUCGCGGCGGCAACAAUUCCCGCUCGCGGGGAGGCUACGUGCCGCAUUACGUGCAGCAGCAUCAGCAACAGUCGUACCACCAUCAGCAGCAGCAGCAGCAGCAUCAGCAAAGCUAUCACCAAGCGCUACAGCAUCAGCAGCAGCAGCAGCAGCAGGGUGUGAUGCAGCCGCUGUCGCACCAUCAAGCAGGGCAACAGGCGGCACUGCAGCAUCAGGUUCAGCAGCAGCAGCAGCAGCAGCAGCAACAGCAGCAGCAACAGCAGCAGCAACAACAAGCCCAACAGGGUCAGGGAGGUGGUGGGGCCGGUCAGCAACAAACUCCACCUACCGCGGGCAGUGGCGGAGGCCAGCAAGGGCAGCAGCAGCAGCAGCAGCAACAUCCACCACCGCAGCACACGCCCGAGCUGAUGCACAUCGAGGCGCCGCCCAUGAUGGGUGGCGCUGGCGCACAGUACGGCAACCUGCACGGUGGGUUCUACGUGAUUCCAUCGAUGGCACAGCACGCCUCCGGUGCGCCGCUGUUCAUGCCCGCCCCGCACAUGCCGAUGUACUACAAUCCGGCGAUCCACGCCUACCAGAACCUGAUAUACCCGCCGUACAUCCCGUCCGAGUAUCAGAUGUACGACGACGGCAAGGGCGACGACGGUGGCGGACCGCACGGUGGCCAGGGCGGGGGCCAUGACGAUCCGGGUGUGCAUCCCGGGGCCGCCAUGUGGCCGCAGCCGCCACCGAUCGCGCUCGACUACCAUCCCGAGACGGUCGAGUAUCUGCCCGUGCACGAGGACGAUGGUGCGGCGGGCGGCAUGCUGCCGCCGGGGCCGCCACCGCAAGCGAUUCCGCCGCCCGCGAUGGGCCACCACGUGCUCGAUCCCAACGUGCCCGGCUUUACGAUGCAGAUGGCAUCGGCCCCGAUCGCCACGAUGCAACCGCCGCCGGAGGAGUACAUCAUGCAGCAGCAACCGCCACCGGCGCCGCAGCAACAGCAGCAGCAGCAGCAGCCACAUGCUGGGGCCGCUGGCUCGCAGACCCAGAGCGAGGAUUACAACGGCAACGGUGGCAUCCCGGUGAGCUCCAACUCAAACACAACGAUGCACUCGCCGGUCGUGGCCGCCGGGCAGCACAAUGUUGUCGUGCCGGGUGUACCACCGCCGGAGGAUAUGAUGGGCGCGGGCGGCUACGUGCAUGGCGGCGCUGCCCCGCAACAGCCGAUGGUGCCAGCACCGGCUGAACCGCAGCAACAGCACGGACAGACGAUGGACGGUGCUGGAGCACAGCCGCCGAUGAACAACAAUUUCAUCGUCGAGCCACAGUACAUUCAAGCCCAUCCUCUGCCACCGCAUCACAUGCCAGUGCAGCAGCAGCAGCAGCAGCAGCAGCAGGUGCCACCGGAACAGCACUAUCAGCAUAUACCGCCCCCUCAAAGGGCCGCUGUGAAUGUGACAGAGCCUCCACCAUCAACCAACAAUCAACCUUUCCAAAUGGCCCAACAAACACCGGUAGCAGCAGCUGGUGCAGUUGCUAACAAUCUGCUCGACGCCAACGGCAACGACACGAACAACAACAACAGCGCUAAUCGCAAGUCCGACAUCAUUACCUCACCGAAGCUGGUCGAUGCCGUCGUCAUGACGCAUCCAGCGCCACUGCCGUCCACUGUAAAUGUUGCUACCGCAACACCUUCCCAUCAUCAGCAGAAUGAGCAGACGACGGCGGCGGCGGUGGUGCAGGGCGGGAUGAUGGAUGGCAAUGCUGGCAGAAAACAAUCGAACUCAUCCGAUGUGCCAAAUCAAGGAUUCCUACCGCCGCAACAGCAACAGCAUCAGCAACAGCCACCAAUGCUAGGAUACGCUGCAGCCGUUGCAUCGCAGGCACCACCGCCGAGAGGUCGUGCGGAACAGCAGCAGCCCGACUCGGUGAAGGCCACCCAGGACCGGAUGGAGAAGCUGACGCUGAAGGAACAGGAGCACAGGCGCACAACGACGACUGUAGCAGCGGCGGCGGCGGCGGGCACGGUGGUUGGUGGUGGAGCCUCCCAGCGCACGAGUGGCGCUCAACCGGUGGCAGGACAAUCGAAUGCGGGAAGCGGUUGGGUGAACAAUAGUGGUGGGGCUGGACCGAAGAAGGGUACCGCUUCCGUUUCCGUAUCGGCUAUACCGAACAAGGAGUUCCCCGGAUCGGUGAUCGGUCACCAGCACAAGAACACAUCACCGGUGCCGUUCAGCACGCUAGUUGGAACUACGGCGACGGCACCGCCAUCAACGGUGAUGGGUUCGGCUUCCGGAAAGCAGCCACAUGCAGUAGCAGCAGCAGCAGCAGGCCCGAAAUCGUUCCCCGAUCAUGGCCAGCGCUCAUCGGGCGUGGCUAACAGUGGCCAGUCCACGUAUGCUAGCGGAGCAAACAGCAGCAUGAGUGGCGGACCGACAGCAGUCGUGACGCCCCAGAUGGAAUCGAAGAAGGUGGAAGCAAUUCCCCAGCGGACAGUUGCCACGACUGCAGCAGCAGCAGCAGCAGUGACCGGUCCAGCACCGACGGCGCCGGUCGGAGGAGCGGUGGUGGACACGCCGAAGCAACACCACCAAGAUGUGGUAAAUGUACCCAGGCCCGCCGCUUCCUCCAUCUCCUCCUCUACUAACAUUAAUACGGUAAAGUCCGCGACCAAAGCGCCGGUUAUCAUUAACCACCCACUUAACAUACCGCCACCCGAUCAUCCAUUAAACAUUCCACCACCCAUCAUUGUGCCCCCGCCACAGAUACCACCCGGUGGAGCGCCACCGCAACCGAACAAAACCUGGGCGAGCCUGUUCCAAACGUCCUCCUCCUCGUCGUCGUCGUCGUCUGCUGCGGUGGCGUCGUCCGCGUCUUCGUCCGCCGCAUUAUCGGUUUCAGCGUCGGCAGUCACAGCGACGUCCGCAACGGUCAGCUCUGUACCACCUUCCGCCGCACUCUCCACGGCUAGCGCCAGCGGACCGGCAGCUGGCCAAAGUGGUGUUGCAUCGAUCGGUACUACCGUCGCUACUGCACCGCACCAUCAUGCUACUGCACCAGUCACGUCAACGGGGAUAAAUUUUGCGCCACCCACUGCUAACCGCGGACCGGCAAUGGCUGCUAGUAGUGCACCACCGACCGCCGCUGUAGGAAACACUCCGUCCAGCAUCGACUCCUCCUCAUCGUCCACCGGUGCAAAAAAACCGGUCGCCAAGGUGCAGCCGUACGAUAGAAACCAUCAGACGCCCGCGACGCCAGCUGUGCCCAUGUCAUAUUCAUCUGCUGCGGCAUCCACUCCUGCCAGCGGCACUACGGGCGGCUCCACACCAACGUCGGCAAACGCUGCCAGGGGUAAGGGAGCACAGCAGGCUGCCUUGAAGGGGGCAGCGAACGCAACAGCUGCAUCCGCUUCGACCGCCGGCGACCAGAAGGAUGAAUUUUCAUUGAAAUUCGGAGAUUUCCUUAGCGGAUAUAGCAUUGAUAACACCAACAUCAGCAUGAUGCCACGCGGUCUGAUCAAUCGGUCUAACUAUUGUUACAUCAAUACCAUACUGCAGGCGCUGAUAGCAUGCCCACCGUUUUACCAUCUGAUGCGCACAAUUCGCUCCCUUCCGGCGGCGAAAAAUUCUAAACAUCCGAAACCGUUCAUCGAUGCCAUGUGCGCACUGGCGAACGAGUUCUCGCAGCUUCCGAUACGGUCCAAACCGCAGCAGCAGCAGCAGCGCGGUGGUGGCGAUAAGGGUAAGAAGGACGACAUACCGGAAAUACAGGUCGACACGCCGUUCGAACCGACCGUCAUCUACAAGAUGCUGAAUGGCAUCCGGUCGGACAUAUUCCAGAUCGAGGGACGGCAGGAAGACGCCGAAGAGUUUCUUGGAUGCGUGUUGAAUCGUCUAAAUGAUGAGAUGAUUGAGUUUAUAAAAUUCAACAAAACUGAUCAAGGCAACUUGAAUGGCGAGGAACCGACCAACGGUGAAGUCCAUGGUGAGGAGGACGCGGACGAUUGGAUGGUUAUCUGCAAGGGCAACAAGGGCACGGUAACGCGUACAACCGAUUUCGGACGUUCACCGAUCAGCGACAUCUUCCGAGGCAAACUACGAUCUCGUGUGCAACGUGACGGUGUUCCUCCGACCUACAACAUACAGCCGUUCUUCACGCUUCCCCUUGAUAUAGAGAAAGCGGCUUCUGUGAAAGAGGCACUAGAACAGUUGGUUGGUCGGGACGAACUGGAGGGUGUGACCUGUUCGAAAACAAAGCAGGAGGUAGCGGCCUGGCAGCAAGUAACGCUGGAGGAGCUGCCUGUCGUACUUAUACUGCAUCUGAAGUGCUUCGACUAUAAAAUGGAUGGCUGUACGAAGAUUCUGAAAACCUUGGACUUCCCGAUUGAAUUGAAGAUCGAUUCGAAAUUGAUGUCCUCGAAGGGUAAGAGCUACUCAGCCAAGCAGAAGCAGUACAAGCUGUUUGCCGUGGUGUACCACGAUGGUAAGGAAGCGUCGAAAGGACACUACAUUACCGAUGUGUACCAUACCGGCUAUGCCAGCUGGAUUCGGUAUGACGACAGUAUCGUUAAACCGGUACCGGAGUACAACGUGUUGCGUCCGCGCGCACCGCGCGUACCCUAUCUGCUGUACUACCGUCGAAUGGACACGCAGAGCCAUGGUCCGAACAGUGACCGCGGUGGUGAUGGCAGUACCGGAGGCGGUGCUGGUAGUGGUGGUGGUGGUAGCGGCAGUGGUCGUGGAGGUUCAUCUCACUCCACCGGUGGCGGUGGAAAUGAUCGGCACAGUGCGCAUCAUCACAGUAACGAUCAUCAUGGUCGUGGAUCGAGUGGUGGCGGAUACGGUGGUAGCAGUGGCUACGGAAAUACGCACGGCAACAGUGGCGGCAAUCAUUACGGAAGUGGGGGUCAUGGGCAGAGUAACCAUAGUGGCCAUUAUGGUGGCAACUCCAAGUAAAGAAAACAAACUGUUUCGUGCAAAAUAGAGAGAAAGAGAUAGAAAAAAAAAAACAGAAACCGCAAAAAACUAAUACUUCCGGAACCAAAGGGUAACAGUAACGAAGUGAAUAAGUGGUGAAAAAAGAAACAAAACACACAUUUUCUUCGUAGCUGUGCUGUGCUGAAAACACGACAGUAAAAAACAAAUAAUCAAAAACUCUUCCUAACGAAAGAGCCGGCCUGCCCCAGUAGUGGAUGUGGAGAUACAGUGCAGUCAAACGAUCGAAUCGUUUUGAUUCAAACGAGCUUGGGAACACUGAUGAAAUGAAUGACUGCUGUGAGUGACAUUAGUAGCGAAUCGCGCGUGUGCGUUAGUAGAAACGUUAGAACGUUUCACCUGAACAACAUCGGCGAUCUUCAAGCAGCCUUGUCGCACACAGGUCUUAUCUGCUGCUGUUCUGUGUACGGUGUGUGCUGCUUGUCGUGCGUCUAGUGCAGUGAAUAGCAGCAGUGUGUAGAAAUACAAUUAACGGGGCAAUUGUAUGCUAGCUGCAGACAGCGGAUGCUUCCCGCUAUGGCGUCGUUUCACCAGUGGAAGUAAAGCGGUCCAUCAUGGCCAGGGAGCAGGAUGGUUAGAGCGAUCGAAUAAUACUGCCACGCUCUCUACCUAACGGAUGCGAAGUAUGCAUUGCCCCGCAAAAGGGUGAGGGUGAGUGUCCAAGCAACCUACCUCCUGUAGGUGUGUACAAAUUAGAAUACAACCGCGACCAAGACGCGACAUAAAAACUGAACAUAAAACAACAAACAUCAACAAUACUAGCGUUAAACAUAACAACCCAGGGUUUUUAGCAUGAUUAGGAAUUGUUUUUGUUUCCACACACGUUUGUUUGCUUGCAUAGCUUCGUUUAUCGUUACGCAUAUAUUCCCAGGGUAAAAUGUAACUUAGAGCAUUAGAUAUGGAUUAGUGUCCCUACAUGAAAUCUCGUUUAGAAAUGGAGUGUUCUAGAGACAGGGUACGGAAAUCAUUGAGAGGAAAUUAUGAAAAAAAAAAAGAAUUAAAAGAGAACCCCAUUAAACGUGAGAUAGUUAGUUUCACAAGUGAAUGACAUUUACACAUAGGGACACAAAUACUAGUACGCUAGAAAACAAAAAAGGUGAAUCACUAAUGAAGAGAAAGCAAAAUCACAGGAUUGCGAUGAACUAUUCUUUCAAGCUAGCUGGGACCAGCAAUGUUCCGGUAGUUGAAAAUGAAAAGGCAAACGAGUCGUGCCGAGUCACCGACACUGUAGAUAGCUUUAGAUAUAGUUGCUGCAAGCCGCAUUAUCAUAGCGACAUUCGGUCCGAUACCAACAGCUGUACGAUCGGGAGGAAGUAGCAUUUGAUUUGCCUUUACUUUGCUGCGGUUGCUGCCCAUCUCAUGCUACUUCCUCCCGAUAAAAAAAAACAACUAUUGGAAAGCGAGAAGAACAAAACACAUAACAAAUAAACCUAUACAUGUAUCUACGAGCAAAAACGAGAUACAGCGGUCACUACUGUCGUCUGGACAUCGUCACAGCGUAAUGUGCUGGGCCGAUUUGCUAGCUCGUUGAAAAUCUGGUAAAGGAAUAAAAAAAGAAGCAACGACAAAAAGCACGCCUAGAACUAUGGUAUCAGCUGUUUCAAUUUGGAAAGAGUUUCAACUUUUCAACUAUACGUUCGUUACUUUGUUUUUGUAAAUAAUACACUUUUGCAAGUUUUCUUUUCACAGAAGUUAUCGUCAUUUGGACAUAUAGAGCAUAUAGUCUUAAGUAUCGAGGAAGAACAUCUGCAAAGUAUAUGAAAUUAAAGGAUGCAUAAUGUCUCUUCACCAUUACAUCUUCUCAUGUCCCAGUGUGUAGGUAAACAAAUCCACUGCAUAGCUUGAUGAUGGCGGCAUGCAUUGCCGGCCGUGUAGAGGAAUUAGUUGGCAGGAAACAGUAAAAAACAAGCGAAGAAUAACACCUUAGGCUGAGAUUUAAUAAUUAAAUCUUUAAUGUUAUAUCACUGAUGGACGGUUUUCUUGUAUUAUGUUUAGCUGCUAUGUAAAUAUGUACGCAAUCGUUCAAUGAUAGUCAACCGGAAAAUAGUCCCUAACAGAAGUUGUAUGACAAUUCGCUUGGAGUGCGUGUGUGUGUGUGUUACACAUUAACCCUUAAACCCUGCCGAUGUCCUCAAACCAUUUAGGUAGCGGUAGCACAUUGUGUAUAUCGUUUGUAUUUGCUUUAUUGUCGGAUUAGGUUAAGCCGAAGGUAGCGCGGUUUGUAAGUUGAGUUUAAUGAUUUACCUACCAUUACUCCAGCACGCUUCGCGUUAAUCUAACCUUCUUUUUGCGUCGAGGUUUGCGACAGUGCCAACCGCAAUGUAACACGAGUAUUGAGUAGUGAAGGGUAAACUGCACAUCUGGUGUGAAAUGAAAUUCAUUCGGCACGUGCGCGGAAGGUUGAUGUUGCAAAAGUGGGAAGGAAAAAUCAUUACUAUAAUAGAAUGCGCCACCGGUAGAAAGCAACAGGAAACAACAGCAAACUCUUCAUUAACGCAACACGAUCACUGUACGCCGUGCAUCAUCGCAUAACCCAAACGCAAACAAUAAACUAAUAAAACAAACCAGAAGUGUAGGGUGGGGAGAGAAAUUAAGCGAACGCUUAUAGAAUGAGGGCUGUGUAUAAAGUUAAUCAUUACGGUAACAUAUUAGGUAUUUUGAAAAGCACAGGCAUGUGAAAUCGGCGGAGAUUCGACGACUUUUGAACAUCAGAGUUACUAGGUGAUGUGUGGUGUAGGCAUUGUAUUCUGUUUGAUGCUUGGGAUAACGGUAACGCUUUGAUUGGUUAACAAUUAACCAUCCAAUGUUCUUAGGCUAGUCACACGGUUCUUGAUUUGUGCUCAUCGUCAUUCAUUCGGCUUUUGAUUCCGUUUCAGUUGUUACCGGUGUGCGAUACGUCUUUUUCUUUUGUUUUUUUUUUUUCUUAAGUUGUUGUCCAUGGGAUUGCAAAACGAGUCGUAUUCAGCACACAGAUGCUGUUUUUGUUAUCAAUCAUAAGUGGUCUAGAUAAGCGUUUUUUUUUUUAAUAUAUUUAUCUACUCCGAAGCGUAACAAAAUAUCUAGGCUUCCAACGCCUCUCGCCCAAUGCAAUCCUCAAGGAGAACGAGCACUCCGCGAAAAGAAUACAUGAGACACGCUGGAAUAUAAACCGAUCAGUAAAACCAUGUCCUAUGUAGGCUUGAUCGUAUAGACAUCAGCUAAGUUGAAGAAGAAAACAAAUGUGUCGAUAGGCGAAAUCAUCUUACAAGCUGCAAAGCUCAAAAGAUGACGCCUGCAAAUAAAACAGUUUCUUUUUAAAGAUUAGCACGUUACAAUAGCAACACCGAGCGGCGCUAUAUUAGUAAAAAAUCCACCCCCAAAGAAAUGGUGGUUUGUGCGGAUGAGGGAACCUACCAUAAACACUGUGUAUGUUCGAUGUGUACACAACAACCCCAUUCAGAGACGAACUCACAAUGAAACACUCACACGCACCUAGUGGGUGUGUUAGGAUUUUGAAAUAUUUGUUAAUGACUGUUUUAAGAGAAUCGAAAUUCCAAAAAAACAAAAAAACGAUACACUAAACCAGACCAAUGCAACUGUAUUGACGUGUAUCACUAUAGACAGUGAUGGAAAUAGGAGUCUGAUCGAAAUCGCUAAAUAAGAUCGAAAUGCUCUGCAAAAGGAGGUUAGGUAUGCGUUCUGUACACGUUCAUCAGCGGGAAUGAUGCGAAUGAUGAAUGUGAGGGAGCGAGAAAAGGAGUAUAAUAUUAAUAAAUCCAGUAUACUAGCCAAAUACGAAAGGAAAGGAACGAUCAGGAAAAUAGAUGGGACAGAACCCUUGUAGUACAUGUGCCAGGCUGCUGCUACCUCUUUCCGUACGGUUGAGAUGAUCAACUGAUCAACAAGCAGUGUGUGUGUAUGUGUGUGUGUGUGUGUAUAAGUGUACACGAUUUAAAAACCACACUUACACAACACAGUAUGAUAUUAAUAAGCGCCCUUCCCACGGUGUAGAACAUUAACAAAAAAAAAAACAUAGGAGAACCUUCAUCAGUCAUCAGCAAAUGUUGUUCGGCUUCCGUAGGCAUUUGGCGUAAAGUAGAACUCAAGCACGUUUCACAUCACACUAGCGAUCGGCAAUAGUGUGAUGUAGUUGCGUGGGUAUGUCGUCCAGCAAGAAACAGGGAAUCGCCAUUUAAAACCACGCCUACGUCUACAGCAAAGAACGGUGAGUCCUCCUUGUGCGAGGAUCAUAAUCUAUAUCGCUGCUGCGUGGACUCUUCUAACACUCACUAACCCACCAGUAGUGCACACAAUGUGUUGAGAGAGCUUUGUAGUGUAGAGCUGAUCUCUUGCAAUUCAGCAGGUGUUUGAAGGUGUGGCAGCACAUGAACCAAACGAUAUAGUAUGGCACAUGAUCAGUGCUGACACCGCCCAGCCACAAGGUGUGGAGUGGUUGGUGUGGUGUGCAUGGUUACGUAUAUGAGUGUGUGUGCGCGAUAAAAUGUAAGACAAAAAUAUAUAUAUUUUAGAUAAGUGCACUUAUUAAUCGUAAAACAAGAGCGAGGUGUGGUAGAAAAGGUGUCCAUCGCUACCACUUCUCCCCGACGUCGCUGUAUCCUUACGAACCACGUGUGUGUGAAACGGACUGAGUUGUUUUUUCGCUUUUCUUUCGUUUGUGGCGAUAGAAGAUAAAAUAGAGAACAUACACGAAACAUACGAAAUGGGAAAGCGGAAAUCAUUAGGUGGUAUAAUCAAUAUCCAAAACCAAGAACCUUUUUUUGUGUAGCAUAGCUUACCAAUAGGUGUGCUUUCGCGCGCGCGUGUGUGUGAUUCUGUAAGAAAAAUGUAAGGGUUUGUGUGGCGGUGUGCUGGACAGGCAUUGUUGUAUGGUUGGUGUGAUCGUGGAUCGGCACGCAUGGGAUGGGUGAUCGAUCGCGUGCGUGUGUGUGCGUUGUCUUGUUGUUAGGGAUGUGUUAGGGUUUGUUUUGUUAGUUAGAAUUAGAAUCAGUUUCAGUUUAACGUGGUGUGCGGUGACUCAUCUUCCCACAUACUUCGCACUCGCGCCACUUUGUACUAUCGUACUCUAAGUCUAUUUAAUUGUUUUAUUCGUUUUUUAAAAUUACUUUUCUUUUCAUCUAUCUUGAUUUACCUGUCUUUCGUUGCGUGAUUCACCUUGCUUGUAUAAUCAAACGAUCGUGCUGGUAAUGUUGAUACUUGGUUCCUUUUUUCUACUCUCUAAUCUGCCCGUGUGUAUGUGUGUGUGUGUGUGUGUGUUAGUGGGGAUUGUUUGUUUAUUAACUUAGAAUAGUGAAACGGCAAAGCGACGCGCUUGGAAAGAGGUGGGGUAAAUUAUUUUUCAACCGUAACUCAGGCAAAACAACUCUGGUUGGCAAGGCCGUUCUCUCAAGCUCUCAAGCUGCUCAAUACACGAACGACGUCUGUCAGAGUUGGCAAAGGCGACUCCUCCCGAUUGCUGCUUAUUUUAUUACAAAAGUAUUUAAGAAUUGCUCUAAUUCUGCAGCCGUGUCGCAUAACAGGUGUGAAAAGCUUGAUUGUAGAUGAUCAAGAUAGAUCUAGCGGAGAUAUCGUACUGUCGUACCCGCCACACUCCACGCGUAGCAUUAUCAUCCCCCAGGCGCGAACCUUAACUUACCCGCGCUGUUCUGUUCCGUUCUGGUUAGAUUCAAACGGAUGGUUGGUGGUGGAUACUGAUUUGUUGAUUUGUGUUUUCGCUAAGCGCAGAUACGAUGUUUUGCUAUUAUAAUUAACACUCUAUUCUUUAACCAUUAUUUAUGCUUUGUUUUUUUUAUUGUCUUCGUUUUGUUAAUGCCUUUUUUUGUGCUACGUUUUGUUGGUUGAUGUAGCCAAAUAAUGCGGAGGGGCGGGGGUGAGAAAGUCCGGCUAUUGCUUUUUUAGAAGUCUGGCUCACCCCCCCAUAAACCGACCGGCAGGAAAGCUAUAAUCUAUCGCUCAUCCAUCAUUUGCAGAAAACUAGAGUGUCACUGCUUUAAAUCUGUCCGGUGACUGAGGAAAUGAUGGUGUAAAUUUGUAAGACACAAAAGCAAAACAAAUGAGAGUGAAACUCCUGCCUCCGAACACUUUUGUCGGAACACCUUAUUAUUGGCGGAUAAUGAACAAAAAAAAAAGAAGCUAAAUAAAGAGCUAAAAAGAGAUGAAACUGAAACAGGCCACUCCGGAGGACGUAACCUGAAAUAAUAAAUAAAUGUGUUUUGUUUUUUGCAUCACGGUAAUCCUUGUAUAUGUUGUCUACUAUCACUAGAACCAGACAGAAAACAGCGGGAAUAUAGCGGGGCAACAAAGAUGCAAUCGAUACACCCGUUUGUUUAUCCAUUAACUGUGUAAUCCUUCGUGCUAUGUGUAACUGGGGACGGGACUCCUGCUAAAAUUUAACUCGCAAACCAGCCGAAUUUUGCUAAGCACGUGCGCUGCUGGAGUUGAUGGUGACGUACAAUUCUGGGCCAACCUGCUCCUUUGGGUUUACUACCAGCACGAACUGAAACUAGUGUGUAUGAGUUCAAAAGAAAGAAAACAAAAAAAAAAUGGCAAAAAAUCUAUGAAUCUCCGUGUCUCUCACACACAGUGUAACAGCUUUAUGUAGGGAUUCAGGGGGAAGACAAAACACAAAAGGCUUAGCGCGUGACAAAAUGGAACACACAUUCAAAAGACGAAUUCGGAUGAGCGAAAAAGAAGAGAGAGAGAAA